UCCAGGACUUGAGGUCCAGGUGGUUGGUGACUGGACAUCAGGGCCGCUCUUGACCCUUCAGCUCCCGUUUAGGUUUGGAGCAGGGAGCUCGAAACUGGAAGUAGUAGACCAUGGUUUGAAGUCUGAUUCGUCGGGAGAUUUUGUCCAGGUGCAACUCUGUGAGCCUCAGUUGCUCCUUUAAAAGUCAUGAUAGUGUCCCGCGAAGUGUGGUCUGCUAAUGCUACCCCUUUGCCCUCGAAUCUAUUAACUAAAUCACUGUUAACUAAACUACUAUUAAACAUACGGUUUCUCGGGAUCCGUCCCAGACUGGAGGGUCUGUAUUUGUUAACAAGCUAUUCGGGUGAUCCCCAUAAGCGUCUUUGAAAACCUGAGGAUUAUUAGAAGGUAUCUGAAGGCUCCUCCCCAGAGAUGAUUACGCUUUGGAUAGAGGGGUGUAUGUAGGCUUGCCUGGGUCCAGGUGACCAAUAUAUCACUCCAGUAAUAAUACCAUCCCGCCCCAACUUCUCUAAAGAUGCUCCAUUUCUGUCCCGGAGUGGGUGUCGUUUAUUAAGAGCCCUCAUACCAGAGCCCAUCUAAGCUGGAAGCUGAGAUCCAUGGGGACAGAAGCAUCUUGCUCUAGGUCACAAAGCUAGUGGUGGGUCGAGCCAGAGUUCGACGCAGGCUCAAAGACUUCCAGUCUAGUGUUCUCCCCAAACCUGCGUCCACCUGCGUUUGGGGAGCGGGAGUCUGUACUGGAGGAGGUGGAGCUAGGGCUAGCAGGAGGCCGGAGUUCUGGCGCUUACGAAGGGCCUGGCCCCACAUCAUCCCCGGCGGGACUCCGGCAUAUGCCGUGAGGGGUGGGGGGUGGUCCCCAAGAACAGCCACCCGGCUCCGGCUCCUGUUGGGGGCAGAGCCAGAUCCGAGCGGCAGGCAAGCGGGCCAAUGCAGGGCGGUCUCUGGGCCUGACAGCCAAUCCGGGGCCGGGGGCGCGGAGCGGCCAGGGAGGAGAGGAGCAGGAGCUUGGAAGACCCGCGAGGCUGCUGGCCUCGACCCCACCCCCACGCACCCAGGGAGGCAGGGAGCUCCCUUUAUCCAAUGACGUGACCACCUACAUGGGUAGUGGGGGCCACAGGCUGGGACACUCCUGAUGUCAGAAGUGAGUGGGCAGGUUGACCGACCAUAGGCUGUCUCUCAGCCAGGCCCUCUCAGUGUCAGCAUGGACUCAAGGAUCCCGUCUGCUAGGGGCUGGUUCAGCAGCCGCCCACCCACCUCUGAGCCUGACCUGGAGCCUGCCACAGAUGGGCCAGCUUCUGAGACCACCACCCUCAGCCCAGAAGCCACCAGCUUUAAUGACACCAGAAUCCCUGAUGUGACUGGUGGCACAGCCGGCGUGGGCACAAUGCUUCUAUCUUUUGGGAUCAUCACAGUGAUUGGCCUGGCUGUGGCCAUGGUUUUGUACAUCAGGAAGAAGAAGAGGCUGGAGAAGCUACGACACCAGCUCAUGCCUAUGUACAAUUUCGACCCCACGGAGGAGCAAGAUGAACUGGAGCAAGAGCUGCUGGAGCACGGGCGGGAUGCUGCCUCCGCGCAGGCCGCUGCCGCUGUGCAGGUCGUGCAGGGCAAGACCACUCUCCCUUCUCAGGGCCCGAUGCAGAGGCCCAGCCGGCUGGUGUUCACCGACGUAGCCAACGCCAUCCACGCGUGAGUGGCCUGGACCUCUGAUGAAGACACCUGCCACAGUGCCCACAGAGCUGCCUACUCCGAGAUCAUUAAGACCUACUCUCAGGACCUGCCCUGCCAAGGCCCCAGCUGUUUCGAGGACCCACCUGCUAACUUUCCAUGCUCCAAGAGAGGCCCCUGGCCAGGUUGGGCCUAUGGCCACUGAUGUCCUCUGAUCUGAGGGGCCUGGCAUGGAGAGCAUCCCUCAUGUCAGGGAGGUGAAGAGCCAUUGCUGGCUGCCUUGUUCCCUUUCCAGACCCCUCACAUCAGAGUCUGUUCCUCUAAUGUGGAGGAAAUGGAGGAGACAUGGGUUGGGAAUGGGAAGGGAAAGAGAGUCGGGGGUUUCCCUUCUGUCAAGGCAAGACCUGUCUUUGCAAUCUGGAGCCUCCUCUGGGGUGGGGAGAGGCAACCAGCCAGGUCUUGGGGACGGUGUGGUGGCACCCUGGGAGAGGUUCAGGGAUAGAGCUGAAUGCCCAGCGGGCAAGGAUGCCAGGAGGAGGGCUGCUCCUAUGCAGGGUCCAUCCAUGUUACAGAGGGGCCAUGAGGUCUUCCAGACACCCCUCCCUGGCAGCCAGCUAUUGGCUGGGCCCAAGCUAGGAUGGGAGCUGAGGGGGAGGGAGGUUGGGGAGCAGGUGUGGAGGGAUGCCAUGCCAGACCUGCUGGGAGGCCUCAUAGAUGUGUGCAGAUGUGCCCACAUGUGGAUUUGCACCUGUCUCAGCACAGGGGCCAGGAUGGAGACCUCUGCAUAGCUCCACACUCCAAGCUGACCCCUACACCAUGGUGUGUAGAAGAGCACUGAGUAGGCCACCUUGUCUGCCUUCAGUGUUCAGGGACAGAAGGGAGAGGAAAGCAAAGGCGAGGGUCCACUGCCCACUGCGUCUCCUCACUGGGCUCUAAAUGCCAGGUAACCUGCUUCUGAAAUGGUUCCCUGUCUUGGUUAUGUUGGUGAUCUGGGGUUGGGGGAGAGGCUAUUGGUCUAAGGGCAGUGGCCGCAGGCUGCGGGCUAGCAGGGGGAAUUCUGACUGCCUGAAACCUGGUGGGGAUACAGACCUAGGAGACCUAGUCUGUUUUUUGAGCACACAGCCCACCUACCCAUUGUCCGCCCACCCCAGGCCCCUCAGGAAUUCUACCAUUCUGAGGCAUCUGGACAAGGCCGUAGGCCAAGCCAGACCCCAGGCACUGAGCACUUUUUCUCCGCUGGGCACGCAUGCGCACAUGAGCAUGCACAGCCGCAUGCCCCCAGGCCCAGCCUUGCCGCCCUCGCUGUCCUCUGCUGGUUGGAGGGGACACGAGGGUGGCAUGUACAAAACUUCUGCUGGGCAAAUACCACGUGUCAGGAUGUGAGGGCCGAGGAGGCCUGCGUGGGGAAGGUUCUGGAUUGAUUCCUCCUCUAGAUGCUAUAAAUACGUUAGCACUUGAGCCAACUGGAGGGCCGUGGGUAAUUUAGGAUGCACAGAAGCUGUAAUUUAACUCACAGCAUCUCCACGUAAGAGCAUUAAAGAUGUAAUUAAGAUGUUUACACAAAAAGAGUGUGAGCUUGUGACACUCCGAGUGUGAAA